GCCGACUUCAACCCCAUUAACGCCAUGCUGCAAGGCGGGUGAUUCUCAAUGCCUACUCCUCCAGACAAUCAUACCGCAUAUCAUGACCUCUCCCGAAUAUUCUCAGCCAGACACCAGGACAACCGCGUGCUAGAGAUCGAGAUACUCCCCCCCGGUCUCGGUCCGCUGCUACAAGAUGGAAAUUCGAUCGGAAUUACGAAGAAGCACCUGGUUCAGGCUUUCGUGAUUGCCAGGAGAAUAUUUUUCGGUGCUUCUAACAAGGUCUCCGUCUUUCACAACGCCUGUGGCUACGAAGACGAGUGCGAGACCCCGCAGAAUGAACCCCCAGUCCAGAAACAAAGGGAGGACCUGCUGAAUGCCACCGAGAUCAUUCUCCUCUUCGACUGCGAGCACAUCACAGCAUGCAAUUGGCGCAAAAAGCGUCUAACUGCUUUGAUCCAGCGCCAUGACCCGGCGGAUGCUGACCACACCCAUCGAGAGAUGCUCGCUCGUGAAUUAGACACAGAACUUUCCCUGAUGACCACGUAUCUGUGCUCUCCACUGCAUCGCCAUACGAAAUCCCCGACGCUAUGGAACCACCGCCUAUGGGUAUUAACGCAGAUGUUAGGGCUUCGAAAAGCGGGGCUGGGAGGAUCUUUCUCCCAACGAGAGGACAACGGAGGGCUGGCGUGGAUUCAUGAGAUGAUUAAAAAGGAGCUAUCGCUUGUCCUUCGAUCUGGGGAGCUGCAUCCGAGGAAUUAUUAUGCUUUUAAUUAUGCGCGACAACUCCUUGACAUUUUCUUGAAGAUUUGCGGAGGCACGGAAGACACUGCUGCCCUUGCUGGCUCGGUCAUACAUCUAGUCUUAGACUGGUGUCUCGCUCAUCCAAGUGAUAUUUCCGGCUGGAUGUUUACUCUCUACCUCCUCGACACCGUCCAUGAUGAACAAAUCCACACAGACGGUAUCGAUCGGGUGCUGCGUUUCGCAGUGGACGUUGGCUGGGAAGGCGAGAGUCUCUGGACAUUUAUGGAUUUGGCAACCCAAAGCCCAAGAGCAGGAGCGUUGACGAAAGACCUGCAAUCCCGGCCUCCUUGGGAUAGGUUCGCAGCACCGCUCUUGUCAGAUGAUAGACCGGAGAAAGGGUGGAAGGCCUGGUUGGGAAGAGCAAGAACCGUUUGGCUUGCGGGUCAUAUGGCGGAUAACUGGGCGGAUGGCUAGCCGAACCAGCAAGUCGUAUGGGAUGAGGCGGAAACCAGAUGUCAUGCUGAUAUCCGGUCCGCAGAGUUUCGGUUAGAAGACUAUAUAUUGUACAUGAACAGAACGUGGAAAAUCUGCUGCACCUCAUGCGCCGUCUUUAUGC